UCCUACGGUUACUGACAUCGUCAAUUGCCGAGUUUGUUUAUUCUAUGUUUGUUUUUUCUCUUCCUCGUCAGUGGUAUCUCGUGUUCGCGCUUUCCUUGGCCUUCGCGGCGCAAAACUCAAAACGAAAUGCCUCAUGCUGGCUUGCAAAAAAGCGGUGCUCAGGCUUACAGCAUUGUGCAUGUUCCUAAGCGGCAUGAGGUGUCCGCUGUUCCAUCUGCUUGGGUUGUUGGUGACCGAGUUUUAUGGCCACCGUACCGAAGCACAACACGAAUAAAGACUGCAGUUGAGGAUCAGGAGGAGCCUUCAGAAGGCUGGACUAGUUAUGAUUGCCGAAUGCUGUUCACAUGUGCUAGCUAUGACAUCGCCAGGCAGAAGGAACAACGGGCUGCGCUGACAUCUGACCUUGCAUCUGAUAAUGGAUGUUAUGAGGAACAGGCUACACUGCCGUCUGACCUUGCCUUUGAUAAUGGACGUCGGGAGCCAAAAAGAAAGAGGCGAGCACAGCGACUGGCUUCAUCCGAUGAAGAAGGUGUCUAUGGUUCAGAUGCUGAAUGUGUGACACCAGUAUCAGGACCAUUGUGUGGCCCUGCAAGGGCUCCUUUGAACUCGGUUUCACAACCACCAACCCCAAAAUUUCGGAAGACGGCACCUUCAAAGGGCACAACUGUUGCAAUGCAGCCAACUGCACCCUCCCUACAGCCAGUUGCAGCCACUUUGCAGGCACUGCCAACGGCCAGCAUUCAACCUAUCCUGAAAAUGCAAGAAGAAACAUUUAAGCUGCUGAACGAGAUGAAAGCCCAGCUGGAUACACUGGAAAAUGCCGUGCAGGGUCUGCAAAAUUCCGUACCACCAAGGCAGACAUCUGGAGGUUCCACUGAUACGGGCAUGCUUGAUUUGCUUCCUUUGGCAACUCACCAGGACCUUGAAAAACUUGAGCAAUGUUUGCGGACACUGAAGAAUAGGACUGGUCUGGUGGCUCACUUCUCUCUGUUUGGAGGCUCUUCUCUGAUAGGCGCUCUACGAUAUCUGAUGAGAAAGUGCAUGAAGGAUGCAUUGGCACAAGACUUUUCACUAACGGGGAGAAAAGGAAAAAGGCCGUUUAACGCCUUGCAGCUCCUCCAAGUUGUCACUGAAACAUUACAAAAGGCAUACACAACAGCAACGGAGACAGAUAUACACAGCGGCAUUGCAGCCUGGCUACGGCACGCCCCUUCACGGCAGAAGAAACGAGAGGCAGCACUGGCCUCCGACCAUAAACGUUCUUCACCUCGGACAAAAUGAAACGUCUACGUCUGCCCUCAAGAGUACUGCACCCAUCGCUAUGGUAACCAAACAUUUUUUUUUUUUUUUUGCCAUUGCCUUCAUCCACAUCACUAUGCUGUUCAUCAGCCGGGAGCACCACGCUUUGCAUGUUUCUGCAGUCAGUCGUGACCAAAUAAUGCCGGUUAACGCACCACAUCGGAA